AUGCCGGGCAAUCAAGUCGGCACAGAUGGGGCAGGUGCGGUGGACGUGGCGGCGCUGGCGAACGCGGCGUGGGUGGGAGCGAGCUCGGUGCUGAUCUGGAUGAUGGUGCCCGGCGCGGGGCUGCUGUACGCGGGGCUGUCGCGGCGGCGGCACGCGCUGGCGAUGCUGUGGGCGUCGAUCAUGGCGGUGACGGUGGUGUCGCUGCAGUGGUUCGCGUGGGGCUACACGCUGGCGUUCGCGCCCGCGACGCGGGGGAACGGGUUCCUGGGGACGCUGCACUACGCGGGGAUGUACCACGUGCUGGACGCCGCGCCGAAGCGCGCGCUGCCGACGGCGGCAGACGUGCUCUUCCAGGGCAUGUUCGCGAUGGUGGCAGGGACGCUAAUGAUCGGCGGCUCCGGCGGCCACGCGCGGCUGCUGCCGAUGCUGGUUUUCCUGUUCUGGUGGGUUACGCUCGUGUACUGCCCCGUCGCCUGCUGGACGUGGAACGCGGACGGGUGGCUGGCGCGCAUGGGGGUGCUGGACUACGCCGGGGGCGGGCCCGUGCAUCUCACCUCGGGACACGCCGCGCUGGUGUACGCGCUGAUCCUGGACAGCCGGAGGGGCCGCCGCGCGCGGCGGCCGCGGAAGUUCCGCCCGCACUCCGUGACCAUGGUGGUGCUGGGUACGGUGUUCAUGUGGUUCGGGUGGUUUGGCUUCAACGGCGGCACUGCCGGCAGCCCGACCGCGCUGGCCUUUUACGGGUGCGUGUCGAGCAACCUUGCUGCAGGGUGCGGGGCGAUCGUGUGGCUCUUUCUGGACUACUUUCGCUACGGCAAGAAGUGGACCGUUGUUGGGCUGUGCUCUGGAGCGAUCAGCGGGCUGGUCGCCAUCACGCCGGCGGCGGGAUACGUUCCCGCGUGGGCGUCUGUGGCAAUUGGAGCGUUUGCGGGCUUCAGCUGCAACUUCGCGGUGGCCAUAAAGAUUGUACUCGGCAUUGAUGACGGCCUCGAUGUGUACGCCAUCCACGGCGUGGGCGGGGCUGUCGGCUCCGCCAUGACAGGUCUCUUUGCCUGCAAGUACGUCAAUGCGUCGGGUGCGCCGUACGUCCGGCCCAUCGAGGGAGGCUGGUUGGAGCGCAACUGGGCCCAGCUGGGCUACCAAGUGGUGGCAAUCCUCAGCAUCUCCGCGUGGUCGGCCAUUGUCACUGCCCUCCUGCUGCUAUUAUUGGACCGCAUCCCGUACCUGCGGCUGCGUCCUGCUGCGGACGAGCAGGAAGACGUGGAUAUCCACGGCAUCAACCUGUUCGACAACGACGUCCACGACCGCGUGGCCGAAAAGAUUGGAGUCACCUCUCAUGCGGCCUCCACUUCGCGGGAUCAGGAAGCCGCUAAGCCCAGAGAGACCCCUGAACUGGAUGCCGUGGUGUCGUAG